GUUACACUUGUGAGGAAUGCGGGAAUGACACAGUACAAAUAAUUUGAUUGCUAAAUAAAUAUGUCGAAUUGUGACAUUUUCAUUUCCUGCAGCUUUUCAAAAUUUUGUUUUCAUUUCAUUAACUCUUGCUCGUACUAUAAUGACGACAGCAACUGGACGAAAGGGAAUAUUACCAAUAAUUGAGCCGCAUAAACUAUACAACAGAGUUUCGGAAGAAUGUUUAUAAACUCGUGCCGUUAACAUAUUCGGGAUAUAUAAACAUAUCUCUAGGCGAUGGCACAGUGCUGCUUUGAGUGUGGAUUAAGAUGGCAAUCCUGCAGGGAUUUUACCCGAACACAGUGGCCUAUUCCAAGAUGGUUAUUCAUUAUAUAUCGACUUAUUACACUCAUCUACACAUGGGGUUAUCAGAUAUUUUCCUGGGUGAUGUAUUUCGAUCCGAGAUUUUACGCCUUCGUCACAAAUUUGACCUUCUCGCUCCUAGCACUGUACGAAAUAGCGGCCACCGGAAACCUGUUAAUCGAUUUGGUAUUAGACACAAAGGACACUCCGCCAAAAGAAUCCACAACACUGUCUCUUCGAUACACUAUACAAUGGGUUCUUUAUGACGUACUUGUGACGUGGUCGCUCAUCGUCGCCAUCGUUUACUGGGCGUUCUUAUUCGAGCAAAAUACAGACGCCCUCAGCUGGGUGGAGGACAUCACCAUCCACCUCCUCCCUGCCGCUUUCACCCUAUUGGAAGUCACAGUAACGGCCACGCCCUGUUUAUUUGGUCACGUGGUCUACCCAAUAACGUAUGGAAUGAUGUAUCUCACCUUCACGUUGAUCUACUGGGCUGUGAGUGGGGGAGUGGUUUACUUCUUUCUCGACUACGGGGAGAACCCCGUCACGUCCAUCAUUGCCUUGCUCUCUCUUGCCGCAGCCAUCUUUGUAAUUUACACAGUGGUGUGGGUUGUGACGAACCUGCGGCAGUGGGUGGCCAGGAAGACGAACGACUGUCGAUGCGGUAGUCGAGCAAAGUACGACGUCGAAAAGAAUACGGAAAACCAAGGACACCAUUCUGAAGGGGGCGAGGGGAUUGUAGACCACGUCUUCUAGCAAUCGAAUACUCAAAAUACCAUGGCCCGGCGGCCUGUUUCAUAAAGAUUGAUAACUAUGGCAACUACCAUGGAAACCUUGAAUGACAUUGGCUGAUGUACCCUGUUAAUUGCCAUUGUGGUAAUUGACACAUUGGCAAAGUUACAGCACAUGGCCCUAGGAACGAUUUUUUUAGAGUGCUGAUAUUAAUAUGAAGGAGAAAAAAGGUUCUCAAUGUAAAAUGGAGGUCAUUUUGGUCCCC